UCUCCGACAAAUAUUAUAUGGCGGCGCGAAUUCUGCCUGAGUCACGUGACCCCUCUUCUUUCUGUGAGCGCAUUUCCAGAUUCCUCUUGUACAUAAACAUUGUACAUACUGUAUAUGAUGAGUGCAGCAGUGAGCACCUCGCGUGCCACCAGUAGGACUAGUAAGGACAAAUCUAAAGCCACAGCACACCAGACACAGACCAAAUCAGAUGGACCACCCUCCAAAGUACAGCCCACUGAGGAGCAAAUGAGAAUAGCACAGAUCACUUCUGGACAGGAUGAUGCAGACUUGGCCGCCAUAAGCCAGUUGAUGGAGAUGACUGGUAAGUCUGAGGACACAGUGGCCGUGGCCCUUCAUGACUGCGAGAAUGAUCUUGAAAGAGCUGCUCUCAUGCUGCUGGAAGAACAGGAUGAUGAGCCUCAGGGAGAAUGGAAAGUUGAGCAAAGCAAAAAGAAGAAACGAACAAAUAAUGCAUCAGUUCCCAUUCCGAAAACAGAACCAGUAGCAAAUCAUGUGUCAGACAAAUCGGACAGCAAAAGAGAUCGUAGUCGUGAUGAUGACCGACCGGACAACAGACAUGAUGGCCCUCCUAGACGUGGACGUCGCAAUGGAGGACCACCUCCACGUCUGGCUCGUGGUCGUGGGAGAGACAGGAACAAUCAGUACGGUGAAAGAAACGCAGAGGGCGAUAAUGAAGGAUUUAGGCACAGAGAUGGAUUUGGUGACCGUGGUGGAAAGGGCAACUACCAAGAUGGUGAUGGGUUUAAAGAUCAUGAUGGGUACCGGGAUCAGGAUGGUUUCCGGGACAAGGAAAAUGGUUUUGGUGGAUUUGGGCGUGAGCGAAGUGGAGACAGAGGACGAGGCAGGGGUAGAGGUAACAGCAGAUUUGCAGGAAGAGGAGGUCGUGGAAGGGGAGGAGGUGGUGGUGGAGGAUUUAAGUCAGAAGGUCGUCCCCAGAGAUUUGAUAAAGGGCCCCAGAUUGAUACAUGGACUAACGAAACUGCGGAGAAUGCUGACAAGGAACCAGCAGGAUGGGGAGAAACUUGGGAGUCAGCCCCUGCAUCUGAAGAUUGGAAUGAUGAUACUUGGCAGGGAUCGCUGACAGAGUCAAAGGUGUUCACAGCAUCAACAGUGAAGGAGGAACCGAUGGCACCUUCUCCACUGAAUGAUAUCACCAGCUCUAUGGGUCAGUCGAAUUCUCUUGGACAAUCUGGUCCAAUGCCAAGCUCAAUGGGACAGCCAGGCCCACUUCGACAGCCUGGAUCAAUUGUGACUUCAAACUCACUUGGACAGCCUAGUACACUGGGACAGAGAUUGGACCUUGGGACCUUGUUAAAGACUGCAGAACAGCAACAACAGCAAGCAAAUGAUAACUUGAUAGCCCAAUAUAACCAGCAGGCCACAGAGUCUAUCAAGAACACUAUUGGGAUUGGGUCCUCUUCAAGGUCGAACCUUUCGAAUCUCCAACCACAGGCUGCACCUAGUGGGUUGAGCUCAUAUUCUCAAAACUUGCAGCAGGGAAGCAGUAUAUCUGCACAGUCUCUGGCAGCACAACAAAUGUCAUCGCAGCCUCCUCAUGUACAGCAGGCACUGCAGCAGCGGCCUAAACCGCAGAGAAGCAAGCUGCCUCCCCCAUCAAAGAUUCCAGCAUCAGCAGUAGAAAUGCCAGGCCAUGUGAUGCCACAACUGGAUGUUCAGUUUGGAGUAGACUUUGGAGCUGAUUCCUCAUCUCCAUUCAGUUUUGGGUCCUCAGACUCUGCUGUUACUGCAAGCAGUUACACAACAACUACCCAGAAUAGUGCUGUUUCGAUGAAUAACCAUUUAUCUCAAUCGAGCAAAUCCUCUGAAUCUGUGAUGUCUGCGACAAUGAUGUCGUCCCCUGGCAAACAGCCACCUGCAAUGAGUGGUCUUGAUCACUCCUCGCCCAGAACGAGUGUGUUCCAAAACACAGCUUACAAUACAACACCACCAAAGAAAGAUGCUCCUUCACCACUCAGUCAGCCUACAAAGAUGACGCCCCCAGAGCCUAUACCAUUCCCUCCUUCCCAGUCUGAUAUGAAAUCCAGUCCCUUGAUGGGAGGACAGAGACAGGGGCAGACAGCAGCUUCACUGGCUCAGGGUUCACUUUCCACUGUGAAAUCGGAUUCAUCAAGUUUGGGUUCUUUUGUGCAGUCAUCAGGAACAUACCAGUCGUCAAGCUAUCAGGGACAUAAGUCUUCUGGACUGUCCAAUACACAGGCAUAUACGACAAGUACACAAGGUAGCUCCUUUCCAUCACAGUACCAGCCUAGUCAGAAUCAGUAUCAGACUGGACAGAACCAGUAUUCAUCUGGAUCCAACCAGUACCAAUCUGGGUCAAACCAGUAUCCAAGCUACCAGGCGGGUGCGGCAUCAUUCCAGAGUCAAACGAACUACUCGUCAAGCCAAGCUACCCAGAACUCUCUUUAUCCUUCGUCAGCACAAACAAAUUCAUAUCAAGGGCAGCAGACUGGUUCAUCGUACCAGUUGAGAGACUCGCAACCGUCCUCUGCACGGCAGUCGAGCACAAACUCAUCCAAUGCGUAUCAGAACCAGGCCUCAAGCCUAUCUUCCCCUCCUUCACAGACUCAGUCGGCAUCAGUGUCUGGCUACAACUCAAAGUCCUACACCUCAUCUGGACACCAGUCCAAUCUGCAAACCUCGCCGCUCACUGCAAACAAACUUGGGGACACUCUGUCUAAUAUGUCAAUUAAAGACUCAAUGGCUGACACUCACCAGAGCGCCCAGUUUGAUCACACAACAACAUCAACAACUGCUGCCAGCCAUCCGACAACGACUUCCGCCACCUCACUUGCAAACGUUACGUCAACGAUAGCUGCAACAACUAUCUCCUCAGUUGUGUCAGGCUCAACACGCACAUCGUUGCCGUCAAGUACGAAAGCCCCUCCCAAUCUUCCACCUGGUGUUCCACUCCUAGGUCAUCAGUACAUAGUUGGACAGAGUGCUAUUCCUCCCUUCUAUGUCAGCAACCCAAGUCAGAGUAUGCAGCAGCCACUGUACCCAGGGUACGAGGAUGUCCAGCUCCUGCAGCAGCGACUUCCACUGGCUGCGAACAGCUACUAUGACAUGAGUGGGUUCCCUGUGCCUUCAACAAUAGGAGGACAGGAACGUGCAACACUUGGGAGUGUACCAUACUCAGUAGCAGGAACAACAGACAGCAGCAAGUUGAACCGGGUAGAUGCUCAAUCCCCAAACCCCACGUCUCAGCAGCAAUCCACCCAGUCUGCUCACCAUCCAUUCAUCAACUUGCAGUACGGAUACUACUACCCUUCGAUGCUCCCUGGAACAGGAUUCCAGUACCCUACUGUGUUUCCAAUGCCUCCUGUGACCAACACCGCUCAUGCUGGAACCACGGCAACCAACCAAUUCCAAAAGUCGUUUGGUUAUAACACAGCUAAAGGUUAUGAUGAUCUGACUCAAGCACAGGACUUCACAAAGACAGGCUAUGGAGCUACACAGACGCAGGCAAAGGGAGCAGCAGGCACAAGGUCAGCAACAGGGGCAGACCUUGCUUCUUCUGCCUACAACAAAACUCACACACAGGGUUUUGAUAAGCAAGCGUUCCAUGCUGGUACUCCGCCACCGUUUAACUUGCCAAUGGCAACCCAGGCUGGAGCCAUGGGUGCCCCAACAACGCCAUAUGGAGCGGCUCCAUUUGUCCCCAUGAUGCCGCAUCAGCCGCACUCUCAGAUGCUGCACCAUCCUCUGCAGCAGGACUCCACUGGUGGGUCAGCCAGAGCGCAGCAAGCUACAUCCCAGGCUAAAGGGGGCACCAAGCCAUACACAACAUACUGGGGGUCAAACUGAGAGGAACAGUCAACCCUGGAUAAUGAGGAUCUGUCUGGUUCCUGUUUCAAUUUAUUUCUCUUGAGCUGUGGAAAAGUUUGUACCAAAAUACGUCAUGUAAUAUCCUGAGGACUGCUGUGAGUCAUAUCUGAAUAGCGCUGUUGUAGCAAUACUUUCUUGUAGGCACAAGCAUUCAUAAACUACUUCGUAUGUACAGUCAUUUUUGCUUCUUUUUUUUCCAAGUUUAUGCAUAUUUUUUAUGUGGUGAUUCUGACUUUAUUUGUUUCAUGGAAAUGUCACUACAGCAUGAGGAAUUCUGAAGAUUGUAGAUUUUGUGCGAUGGUGCCUUACAUUGUCGUCAAGAAUCGCAUUUAAUGGAUCUGGACUGAGAACCAUGAACUGUGUGUGUAGCCACGUUGAAAGUGGCCUAAUCAAUGUUGAGUUUGAUAACCUAUUCAUUAAUAAAUUUUGUAAAAAUGAUGUAAUUAUUAAUAAUAUACAUGCUUUGCUCCUAAUUUCCUCCUGUUUCAUGGUGCAGCCCAGUUCCUUAAAUCAUAUACUUAAAAGGGUCACGUCUCGAUGAAGAGCUCACUGUGUAUAAAAACAUUGGCAUCUCUGGUGUGCAUGUGUCUGUACGUUAGCCAAGUUUUGAACAUAGAAAUUUUAGCACUAGCCCUGAGUCAUCCCACUAUGUGUAUCUGUCUUAUAUCAUUUGUUGAAUGGUUUGCUUUUUAAAAAAGAGAGCUACAGUAUAAAUAUUUCAAAAUGUGUCAGUAAUAAAAUAUGAAAUGUGUGUACAAA